GAUGACAGCAGCUCAAACUGUCAAACUUAAAAAGCAAAAAAAACGCAAAGUGCAGUGCUUUCAUCUUAUUACUGUGUAGUGUCGCUGGACCGCUUAAAAUUUAUUAAUAUUUUGGCCUUCGAGAACGGUUUUUGUGAUCAAGUGAAGACGUGAACUGGUCCCACCAGCGUCCGGUACUGGAAUCCCGUUGCAUGAGUUGCGUUCCCCACGCAAGCAGAUCCACCAGCAACGGCAAGUGUCGCACCGGUCGCUUUCGAGGCAUUUCCGAUGGCGUAACAGGGAGUGAUCAAAAUUAACAGAUUUUGUCGUCGGUUGCCGUCUUUCAUCCCAUCUUUUGCUUGAGAUCGCGGGGACACUCAACAAUUAUUCUCUGCGAUAACUCGUAAUAUAUUAAAUUUCGAGGCAUAACUAGAAGUUUGUUUUUGAGCAACAUCCCGAAAGGAGAGACGAGGAGUGCACCGGAAAGUGCCCAACAAUGUCAACCUUCGAUGUGUAUGACCGGGCAGCCUGGUACUUCGGUCCGAUGUCCCGCCAAGACGCAACGGAUCUGCUGAUGAGCGAACGUGAAAGCGGUGUGUUUUUAGUCCGCGACAGUACAACCAUCGUGGGAGAUUUUGUGCUCUGUGUUCGGGAGGAUUCCAAAGUUAGUCACUACAUAAUCAACAAGAUCCCAGCAGCGGAGGAUUGUUUUAUGUUCCGAAUCGGUGACCAAACGUUUUCCGAUCUGCCAGAUUUGCUGACCUUUUACAAGCUGCACUAUCUGGACACGACUCCUCUGAGACGACCGGCCAUCAGACGGUACGAAAAGGUGAUAGGGAAGUUUGAUUUCGAAGGAAGUGAUCCGGAUGAUUUACCCUUCAAAAAGGGUGAGAUUCUGGAAAUCAUCAGCAAAGACGAGGAGCAGUGGUGGACGGCCCGGAACAGCCGAGGACAGACGGGACAGAUACCGGUACCCUACGUUACCCGCUAUGAGGACAACAUUAUCGAACGGCCACCGAAUGCGGCUGGUGCAGGAGCAAAUUCUCUACAUCAAGGGCCCCCGGUUGUGGGAUUACACCAUUCGGAUAAUUCCAACAUCUUCAAAUCUAAUCUGAACCGGCAGUUGCCAGCGUUGGCCCGUGUGAAACAGGAACGAGUGCCGAAUGCGUACGACGAGACGGCACUGAAGCUGAACGUCGGCGAUGUGAUCAAAGUCAUCAAAACCAACAUCAACGGCCAGUGGGAGGGUGAGCUGCGCGGUAAGAAACCAUAAUGGAACACGAUCCGGAAGCUACCAGCGGUAACAAAUUCUGUGGCGAUGAAUCACAGUGACCAGUCUUUCCAUCGAUCGAGGCUGUAUUUAAGGAUUAACUGGGAUGCACUUGAAAAGAUUCUAUGUCUCGAAAGAAGUUCACUUCGUUCUUUUCCCCACGUUCUCCCGUUCCUUUUUUUCUUCUUCGUUUGUUUUGAUUUUAACGAUGACAGCUGCAGAUUGGCAGUUUUCAACACAACUUCUAUACUUACUAACAAAUAUUCUCCUCCCGUGAUACUUGCGGAGUGCGCAGUAGUAUACUGCCCAUAAAAGCAUAGCAGUCCCAUAUGGAUUUUUGUCGAAAAUGAGUUAUCUGUUGGAUUAUAUUCUGUAUGACCACUGAAUCACAAUGCUCAAAUAAGAUUACCAGAUUUGUUUAGAAAAUAUCGAAAAAAAAUACCAAAACAUGGUUGUCCCAUCCAUAAGGCUCAAGAAAAAGUGAAUCUUGAGCAUCGUUUUUCUCGGCUUGCUGUUUUUCAAUAUGGGACUCUUAUGCUUUAAUGGGCAGUAUAUACGGUCUCUAGAAAAAGCAAGUAUCGGACUAAUAUCCCUUCCCUUUCCUUUCGUGAUUUACGUUCGGGCCUGGCCGGCGCCGGUAUUGAUCAAUACCCGGUCAAAAAAAUGCGGACGAACAUGGUCAGGCGAUUUAAACAGUUUGACGUUUGACUCAACUCGCCUGUGCCUGUGCAAUUUGCGAAUGCAAUUUCAACACUUGGACCAAGACUUAGACAAAUUUUCUGGCGGCUGAAAUGGACUUGGAUGUUUUUUGCGUUUUUCAAACAUGGCGGUUCAUGUUUGACUAAAGCUUAAAAUUGUUUUUUUAAACAAUUGGCGUGUUCUCGCUUGUAUUUUGUUUGUCUAGUGCACUUCAUUUAGCUAACGAAUGUGGGAAAUUGUGAAAUCAUGUGUAAGUAUAGUAGAACAAGAUCUCUGACCUAGAGUCUUAAUGAAAGUCAGAUUGUGGUAAGUUUUGGUACAAAUUCCACCAUUGAUUCUUCCUAUCGUUUGGUGGUGAUUACCUAGUGUACUGAUAAGUUUAUGUUAGUAGAUAAUGAAUCCGAAAAUAAGUAUUAUUUGUAAUUUUCAUAUUAGGCAAUCAAGGGCGAUUAAAUAACCAGUUCCCUGGGCGAUUUAGGGGCGAUUUAAGGACGGGUAGAGCGACAAAAAAAUGACGGUGGCGAAUCGCCCAAAUGUUGCAUUUAAAAUAGCCCCCUAAUUGCCAGCAAUUUGCUGGCAAAUUGAAGGGCAAUUAGCGCAUCCGAGUUGGCAAAUAGCCCCCUCGUUAGCCAGCAACUUGCUCUUUUUGACUGGGUAAUCACUUUGGAAUUUCCAAGAGUUUCGCUACUCUCAGCCCUGUGCAACUUCAGCUAGUUCAGAUCGCCCUCUAAGAACGGUUGGUUUCAAAAUCGUCUAAUGAAGGACGUUCGUUGGACCAAUUUGGACAACGUCCAAAUAACCGUUCAACAAACGUCCAUCGUUGGACCCGUGUUGAACGAUUUUGAAACAAUUUUUUGAACGUCUCAGUGGGCGAUAACGGAGUAGCAGCUAGGGGUGGUCGCACAAGCUCAAGCUCAAGCUAUUGGAACGCAUACGUAUAUUCUUUAUUGUUCGAUGUCUCAAAGCAUUAUAAACAUAUUCUAUAUUAGCACUUAGAGCAUGUUCAGAAUUGUUUCUGUUCUAGCUUCAUAAUUUUGACAGUUCUAUUAUAUAAAACUGAAAAUUUUAAAACUAGAACAUGCUGUGCCCAUAAGCAGUUUUAGCGGAUGUUCUAUUCAGUUUAAAAUUCAUGUCUUGCCAUGCCUUCAGCAUCACUGCAUUCAAAUUGAUUUUCCCCAGUCUAUCGGGAAUAAGUGUCUGUACUGAAAAGUUUGCAUGUAUUUAAAACAUAGUUCUAAACGUGUUUUAAAAUCAGCCUCAAAUAGAACGGCGUCGUAAAACAGUUUUAAAUAUUGAAGCAAAACUUUUCGAAAUUAUAAAACAAAACACUCUGCUGGGGAUGUGAAUGUUUCAGUUCCAGUUCUACUUUGAAUCUCCUAUACAAUUUUGUAAAAUAAAUAAAAAUAAAUACAAGCUCCUGAACAUACCCGAGUUUCAUAGUAUUUAUUUUCAAAAGAUUUUUAGCACGAUUGUGUUCUGUAUGUCGAUAUAGUGUUUUAUAUAUUAUAUAUUGUUUUAUAUAUUCCAUUUAGUCAAUUUUUUCAUGUCACUCUACUGUAUAUAUUUGUGCUGUACACAAAUAUUUACUUUUUUCACACAAAAAGCAAACAAAAUAAAAACGUUUUCAGCCUCUAGCACAAAGCAUGAUAAACCCCCGAGAAAGACUUAAUAGCUGCAACGCUAAAGAAGAAUGUAUGAGGCAAGCGAGCAGAAAAACCAAGGAAACCAUCUAUCAACAAGUAAAUUUAACAACGAUCCCGUCACUAACUACCGAAAGAUUAGAUAGUUUACCAUAAAACGUGUGAAAAAUCUAUCAGAAAAUAUGUAACAUAAAAAAAAGAUUUCGAGUUUAAAUUAAAUUUUCUAUAAUUUGUGAUGUUAGUUUGUGAAAUAAAAAUAUUCAAGAGCAGAAAAAAAACUAAUAAAUAGGUUUCUAGUGAACUGCACUACCGACUACUAAUGCCAAAUAACAACAAAACAGAUACAAACGAACAAAAUGGGUCCAGAGUAAGUAAAAGUCCGUCAAAUGUUUAGCCUCUUCCUUCCGACACUAUAGAAACAGUUCAAACUUCAAGCUUCAUCUUCUCGUUCUUUGUAGCGCGGUACGGUACGGAGCGGUAGUAGUUCUCGUCGGGUCACUUUUUCCUGUGAAAGAGUUUCACAUUUUUUCUCGAAGACCUUGAAAGAAAAACAUUUCCAGUCUAAUCAAACAACUAAAAUUUGUUUAUAAGAUAGCUGCUUAAGCGCCUCGCUUUGAGUAAUUUUCCGAACCGUGGAAUCGUCCAAUAGCAAACAGCUUGGAAAUUCUCUACGAGUUUUAAAACAUAUUUUGGAAAUGUUUUGCUUACUUGGAUGUUCUUUUCGGGUAAAAGGGUCUUCAAGAAAAAAGGGAAAGACGAGAGCUGAGUAUAUCAUCGCGACACGAUUCCAACAACCCAACCAACAGCAAUUGUAGCAGUUUAGCAAUGCACAAGGCCUUACUAGGUGAAAAACACAAACAGAACAGAAACUACAAUAUAGAAACGGUGUUGACGACUAGCUAGGGAACCUUGCUUCCAACCGAGGCUGUAGGUUUGCAAUCCGAACCGAUUGUGUUGUAGUGCUUUUGCAUUUUUUUGGUAUCCUUCUUUCCGCGUCUAUUUUUCCUAGGUCGACACAAUUAUGUAGAUAUGAUACGGGAUAUAGAAAGAGUGUAUUUAAUAUUCUAACAAAAACGAAAACAGUGGAUGAAUAGGUAUAUAUAUUUUGUAAAUGUUUUUGUAACGUUCUCGAAAGUGGAAGUGUUCUCAGAGAGUCAUACCCCACUUCGAAAGUAUCAGUUAUGAGAAGGUUUGAAUUUUUGUCUUUACUGAUCUUUCCCUAUAACAACGGGUUUUUACCAAUCAAAAUAUUUCCUCUAAGUGAGCGGUACAAUUUGAAUCACGUCAUAAAAAAUAGGAGCUCUCGAAAUGAGGAUAACAUUCGAUAAACCCCACGAUUGCCAAUGAAAGCGUUGGUUGAUGCAAUCAAUCGAUCACAACAAUUAUACUAAUCUUAAUGUGCAAUAAAAACAAACAAACACACACACCGCCACAAAUAACGCAGAAAGAGUAAAAGAGUGAGACAGUCGUGACAGAGUCAACAACACAAUCUACUAGUAUGUAAGUUUUCUGAGAAGGCUGAUUCGAUCUUUGAUUAAAGAAAAAGAAGAUGAAAAAAAUAAGUCGUUUGUUUCACUCGUGUAACCCAGUUUGACAAUUGAUAAAAAUUAGCGUUAUUCUCGUGUUAAAUACAAAACAGGCUUACUACUCCUUCCUUACUUCCUUCAGAAUGAAAAAUACAUAUUCUUACAAUAGCGAAAGCAAAAUUGAAAGUAAAAAUCCUUCAGGAAGAAAAAAAUAAACAAAAUAAACAGAUGUAUUCGUAGCUUGUAGAAUUUAGUUAACGCUCCAUGUACGAAAUAAUUGCACUAUAUAUAUAAAUAAAAUUUAUUUAAGAGAGAUAAGAAAAUAUAUUGAAUCAGGAGAGAGAGAUUGACCGUGACAAUGGGCUAAACAACGGAAGAAGAAGUGAAACAAAGCGUAAAAGUUAAGCAAAUGGACGAUUAUUCCAAUUUAUCUAUCGCAUUAAAGCGCAUUCGUAAAGAUUACAUAGACGAAGUGACUGCAGUACCCGGAAACAGAGGAGGAGUUUCAACUGCUUUACUCGAUGGCAAGCAGUACGAACCGGUGGAAGGUACUAGCGAGAAAUAAAGUUUCAGUUAAAUUGCUUGAA